AUGGUACAUUUGGAAGCAAGUGGGCUGUUCAAGCAAUUUCGCGUUGAAGAGAUCCAGGCAGAGACGGUAGAGUACAAUAAACGGAAGAAGGUCGUGCACAUGGUUCAGCAGAGUGGCCCUAAAGCGUUUGACUUAUUUUACCAAGCGCUGCAGAAAACAGACCAGACGCAUCUAGCGAACUUAUUGAAGCCAUAUGUCAUGGUGCUAUCCCCAGGGAGCACGCCUCUAGAAUUAUAUCCUAGGAAACCAGCAACUAUGGUGGAUACCACACAAAGAGUGAAAUUUGAAGCAUAUACAAAGCUGACUCGCAGCCAGGCUGGAAGUGAUGCGAGCAAUGAAGUUGAGAAAGAUGAGUACGGUGACACGGAGCUGCAUUCAGCCGUCUUGUCGAGGAAUCUGGAUAAAGUGAAAUCUGUUGUGAACAAGUUGCACCAGGCUAAAGACUUCGCUGCCGUCAACGCUAAAAACUGGUCGGCACAGACUCCACUCUAUCUUGCCACGCUAACAAAUCAAGUUGAGGUGAUGAAGUAUUUGCUGGAGUAUGGAGCACAGCUCCAACUGGAGACAGAUGCGGGAAACAACUGCAUCCACGCAGCAGUAAAGGAGGGUCAUGAGGUGGCAUUAAAGAUUCUCCUAGAAGCGUUGUGGAAACGUGAUUGCAGGAAUGCAAAUGUGUUGAAUGCAGUGGAUAAUGAUGGAAAGACUGCGAUGCACAUGGCACAGUUUGGUAAUAGAUGGCGCUGCAUGGAGCUGCUGUUACGAGCCGGAGCGGACAUUAAUGCUGGCGACAGAACUGCUGGGCUAUCUCCACUUCAUCACGCCGUUAAGGAUGCACACGCUCAGAGUUACAUCUAUCUGCUAAUGCAGAGCACUGUCGACCCGGACAAGAGAGCAUACAACGGUAGUACUCCGCUGCACAUUGCAGCUGAUCGAGGGAACUACGUGGCACGCAUGGCUGCUGAUCAAUGCAGGUGCUGACCCCUACAUGCAGGAUUGUGUUCUGUAGAGAUGUCUGAUGAUGAGGAAGAGUCGCUAGAAGGACAUAGCCUAUGAUUACGCAGCAGAUAACCAGAGAUGGCGUCGAUGCUUGAUG